AUGGGACUCGGUAUACGUAAUGUAAUUGAUAUUUAUCGAUUAUAUCAUGGUCAGAAAUACAGUCCUGCAAUUUUAUUUCAUAAUUACAAUCAAUGGCCUCAAUGGAAACAAUCGUGUUAUAAAUAUUUGAUUGGUUGCCAUAUGUCGCAUGCACUUGAAUUCAGUGUUGCACUUCUUUGUUGGCUCAUUGUGUUUCCAAAAACAUUUCCACAGGCAAAUGAAUGGCAGUUUAAUUGGAUAUUCAUCGUUGUUUCAUUUAAUCUGAUAUGUCAGUUUAUUGUAUGUGGUUUCUGGCAUUGGCUAACCUAUGUUAGUAUUUAUUGUCAAGGCAAAUUUAAAGAAAAAAAGUUCAAUCCAAUUAAUCAGUAUGAAUCUCGUGAUGGUAAGAAUAAUCGUCUUCAUAAUGAAAUAAUACUGAGUACGCUCGGUUGCUUACACUCAGCUAUGGUUCAAUGUAUAAUGAUGUGGUUAUGGUCGAGUGGACGAGUAAAAUUUUAUACAGACUUUUGGAAGUAUCCAUUCUACUCUAUUGGCCUACUUUUGUUAAUCACAUAUUGGAGACAAUUUCAUUUUUAUUGGAGUCAUCGUAUAAUACAUCCGUGGUGGAAUAUAAAGUAUGGUUUAAAAGAUGGUGAUAUUGGAGCAUUUCUUUAUCGAUAUUUUCAUAGUCUUCAUCAUAAAAGUUAUAAUCCAGGUCCAUGGAGUGGACUAUCAAUGCAUCCAGUUGAGCAUUUAAUCUACUAUACAUGCACAUAUUUUCCAUUAUUAUUUUCAUGUCAUCCAUUGCAUUUUCUUUACGCAAAAUUUCAUGCUGAUAUAGCACCAAUAAGUGGUCAUGAUGGAUAUGCUUAUCCUGGUGGUGAUUCAAGUUUUCAUUAUCUUCAUCAUGCGAAAUUUGAAUGUAAUUAUGGCUCCGGAUUGGUUAAUUUUGAUCGAUUAUUCGGUACUUAUAUUGAAUACACUAAAUAA